UCAUGCGAGUUCCAUGACAAAUCUGCCAAGAUUUUUGCAGUGUUUUUGUUUUCCUUGGUAUUUUAAUUAAAAAACCAUGUCCAUAACUCUGGAACAGGUCAUCCUGGAUGCUAAAUUGGCUGCCAACCGCAUAAAUGACGAGAGUAAAUUGGAAGCAUAUCUGAGAAAUCUGCAUUUCAAAUGUUAUCGCCUUAACAAAAAGUUGGAAUCAAAGAGAAUGCCCCAGAGUGAUGACACUGAAGCCUUGGAUCGCGUGGCCAGAGGAGCACAGAACAAUACGGAUAUUGUGAGAAUAAUCAACCAGGAAAAUCGAGAGAAUCUCUACAUGAGAGAGAUUCAGCAGGAAAACAGAGAACUCAAAGCAUGUCUGGAAGACUAUCAGAGGACAAUGGAGCACAUUAUGACUAAGUAUCGUGAGCAUACUCAGCGGAAAGUGCUGAGCAAUAAACUAGACUUGCCGGAUGUGAAUUUUCUGCAGCAGAAAGAUGAGAUCAUCAAGCAGCAGAAUGAGAAGAUCCUGGAGAUGGCUGCUGUGAUGCAGAGAGCAGCUUCAAUGGAUGAGGAUCAAAUCCACAGAGAGACAGAAGGACUUAUUCGACUCGUGAGGGAAAAUGAGGGACUCAGAGAACUCCUGCAAAUCUCCAGACAAUUUGGUUCCAUCAAUUACGGCUCAGACGGCUUUAAAGUCGAGAAGUCUAUUCAGACCAGUGACCUAUCAGAUGAUGAUGAGACGCAAGAUAGGACUGUGGAAGAGAAAAAGGACGCAGAUAAUGAGAAAACCCUGAAAAAAUCUGAAAAACCUGAAGAAACAUCCAAGGAGCUCGUUGCAAAAGAAUCCUCAGAGUAAAAAAGGCUUUUUCCUCCACACUAAUCCAGCAUUUAUUUAUUUUUUACAUUUUUCUGUAUUGCUUCUGCACUGACCCUUGGAAUAAAAUAUUUAAAAUUA